AUGGCUAAAUCUCCUAUUUUUUGCGGAUUCGGGAAACUGGUUGUUUCCGGCGACACUAUAGUUAUCCGUGACCGAGCUCUGGACGGUCCUCCAUCAGCGCGUACAGUGAUCCUCUCAAAUAUAAUUUGUCCGAAGGUGGCCAAAAGGCCUUCUCCCUCUGGAGAGCCUACUCCUGAUGAGCCUUUUGGUUGGAUGGCACGCGAAUUCGUGCGCUCAAAGGUGGUUGGAAAAGAGGUGUGUUACACUGUUGAGAACCAGAUAGGUUCUGAUCGUGUGUAUGGGUCUGUGUUCCUUGGGAAGAAUCCCGGUUCCCAGAAUCUCACUCACCUUCUCUUGGAUGCGGGCUUGGCCCAAGUCCGGCGUAGUAUGAGUCAGGUUUCGAUUGAAAAGAAUCCAACCAUACAAGCGCUUAUUGUGCUAGAGGAUAAAGCUAAAGCUGAUCGAAGGGGGAUUUGGUCUAGCUCUAGGGCUGGUGCCCCGCGCAACAUCAGCUGGAACAUUCCAGACGUUGUUGGAUUUUUCAACACUCAUUCGCGAAAGUCUCUUCACGGAGUGGUUGAGUUUGUCCGUGAUGGCAACCUAAUGCAUAUUCAGCUCUUCCCAAUUGAUGGGGACACCACUCCUACUUACUACAACAUUGUGGUAAUCCUCUCGGGCAUCAAGACACCAGGCUCCAAAGUAGUUGAAGGUUCUCGUGUUUACGAACCUUAUUCUCUUGACGCUCAAUUCUUUGUGGAGUCGCGUCUUCUGCAACGUGAUGUCACUGUCAUCCUGGAAAGCAUUAAUAACAACAUUAGUAACUCCUUCGUGGGCAGUGUUCUUCAUCCAAAUGGUAACAUUGCCCUCUUCUUGCUGCGUGAAGGGUUAGCGCGUUGUUUGGAGUGGAAUCUGGCUAUUGUUAGUCCGGAGGCUGGUGGAGCAGAAGCCUACCGUAGUGCCGAGCAAGAAGCUAAGCAAAAGCGUCUUCGCAUCUGGCAAGACCAUGUUCCGGUGAAUGCUUUGGAAGGAGUUGCAAAGGCUGCGAACAAGGGUUCAUCCAUGAAGACCGACUACACGGGUGUUGUGAUCGAAGUGGGUAAUGGAGACAACGUUCUUGUGCGCUGCCAAAACGGUGAGGUGCGAAGAUUUUUCUUAUCUAGCGUGAGGCCACCACGCGGAUCGCCGGAUGAAAGCAGGCCACAGCAAUCCGUCUCUAGACCGCUUUACCAAGUUCCUUAUCUCUAUGAGGCGCGAGAAUUUCUGCGAAAGCGGUUAAUAGGGAAGCUGGUGAAAGCGGAGAUCGACUACGUCCAGCCGAAACCGCAGGGAAGCACACUGGCUGAUCGUGUGUGUGCUACGAUCUUAGUGGGUGAGAGUAACAUAGCUGAGGCUCUUGUGCAUCGUGGUCUUGCAUCGGUGGUUCGUUAUCGCAAUGCAACAGACUUGCGAUCUCGGCAUUACGAUGCCCUUAUAGCGGCAGAGGCUGCAGCUCAGAAAAAAGCCGUUGGUAUCUUUGAUCCUAAGGGAGCACCAAUUCAUCGGCUCUCUGAACUUGGAGGUAAUGUGGCGAAAUCGCGACAAUUUCUUUACUCUCUUCAACGUGCCGGUGCUGUGGAUGCCCUCGUUGAGUUUGUUGCUUCGGCGUCUCGUCUGCGAGUAGAAAUUCACCGGGAGGACCUCCUCUGUACUGUUCUUGCGGCUGGAGUUAUUUGUCCUCGGCCAUCUAGGAAAUUGGCCAAUCAACCCGAAGAGGUGGGUGAACCCUUUGGUGAUGAGGCCCGUGAGUAUAUCCAUGAUAUAAUCAUGCAACGCGAAAUCAAAUUCGAGGUCGAUGGGAUGGAUCGUUUGGGGAAUUUAAUUGGUUGGAUUACUCUGCCCUCUGAAGUAAAAGUCACCGCGACAGGUACUAGAAAGGGGAAGAAGGGAGCACCUUUUAUGCCCAGCAAAAACUUGAGUGUAGUACUUGUCGCCCGCGGAUAUGCUACUGUGAAUCGAGCGCCGAAUAUCCAGCGUUCUAGUCACUACGCUUCACUAUUGAAGGCUGAGUCAUUUGCUCAGGAGCACAGCCUUGGUCAGUGGUCUUCCGAGGAAUUUCGUGCCUCCUGGUCUACUGAAAUUAAUACGGUUGAGGGAGAUGAUCAAGAUAAUUCUGAUCCUUCCAAAGCUGUAAACGGCCUACUGCUUGUCAAAGAUCUUCAGAAUGUGCGUCCUGACGUCGAGGUUAUCAGAGAAUCGGCCUUGGAUCGAAUUAAAUCGGCUAUCUCUGCACAUGUGACUACCAUAAGCACCUCGACCACAGGAACCAAUAGCCUUCGGUUCUUCGUUCAGCUGAGCAAUCGCACGGCCAUGGUUAACAGUAUAAAUCACGAAUUAAAUUCACCUAACUACCCAUCUGGGGAGGCCUCCGCAGACUUUCAGCCCAAGCGGGGUAUGAUCUGUGGGGCUCGGUACUUCAAUGACAAUCUCUGGUAUCGAGCUCGCAUUCUUCGUGUUGUGCAAAAGACUGUGACCGUACUCUUCAUUGAUUUCGGGAAUGAGGAGACAAUUGAUACCAGUGAUGAUAGUGUCCAACGAUUUGCAGCUCUGCCAAAAAAUCUCGCAAGUCAAGAAGCCAUGGCAACGGAAUACCGUCUGGCAUACCUUCAGCUUCCUCCUGAUCCUGAUGACCGGGAGGCUGCUUUGGAUUGUCUAGCUCGAGAAAUAAUGGACCAAAAUAUUCGUCUGAGUCCUGUCCCAAGUCCACCGCCAUCUUCAGAAAAAAGCAACAUUCGCUCCAUUCCGAGUGCCGUUGUCUACGUGACUGGGAAACAAGUGGGUGAGGCCUCGAGUUCCACUCAACCGACGCCGGAAAUUGUUGAUGUGGGUGAACAGCUGUUACGGGAUGGUUUGGUUUACAUGGAGAACGUUCGCAUGCCUCCAGACAUCUGCGUUCGCUACUCAGAAGCUCAAAAAGCAGCUAUGAGUACCCGCGCAAACAUAUGGCGUUACGGCGAUUUCCGUGAUGAUGACAUGGAUUAG